AUGAUGCAAAUGGACAAGAACCGUGAGGUAAUUGAUGACCAUAAUCAAUUUUUAGAGCGUAAGCGCUAGCUUUUCAAUCUUUAUUAGCAAAGAAAUAGAAACAGAAUAUUAAAAAAAUCAAGAUAACUUUUCAGAUUAAUUAGCGAAUAAUAAAAGUUGGAGUAAAAAAAUGAAGAGUAAGAACUUGAAGAUCUUAUAGAUGCUAUGGAUAUAGAAGCAAAUAAUAUUAAAUAAAAUGAAAGCAAUAAUAAAACUGAUGAAAUAAACUAAAAUUUGUAAAACAAUCCUGUAAUAAACGAAGAACCUAACUCAAGAGAUGAUCAAAAAUUCGAAAAUUAAGGAAAUUUUUUCGCUUAACCCUAAUUAUCAAAGAGUUAGCAAAGAAAACUUGAAAGAGAGCGCAAUAAAUAAGAAUAAAAUUAAAAAUUGGCAUAAUAAUAUAGAAAAGAAAUACAAAGUUUGAUGGUACAACCUUAAUACAUGAUCGAAAUACCAGAUGAUAUUGGACCAAAUUAUUUUGUUAUGCCUCGCCCAACUGGUAAGAGAUGUCUAGUGAUUACAUAAAAUUAAUUUACUACUUCAAGAGAUAAAAACGGUAUUUUAAUUCACAAUUUUUAGAGCAUACUUCCCGGAGGCUCUAAAUUGGGAGAGAAAUCUAAAUUUUACAGUAUUCUAGAUUGUAUAUUUAAUGAAGAAUAAUAAACCUACUAUAUUAUGGAUGUAAUUAUAUACAAAGAUUUGAAUAUGGCAGAAAAUUCAACCGAUAUGAGAUUCUUUUGGAUUCAAUAAAAAUUCAGUCAAAACGAAUUUCAAGAUAUUUCUGACUGCAAUUAAUUUAAAUUCAAGAUAGUACCAAAGUAGAUCUGCACUCGCUCAUCUUUUAAGGAAGUAUAUCAAUGCAAAUUCGACUUCUAAAAAGACGGAAUUCUGUUUAUUCAUAAAGACACUGAUUACAAAGGGGGAAUUCAUCCUAAUUUUUUAUUUUGGAAGGACACAAAUUUUGAAAAUUCACCUUUCAAAAAAAUUCCUCUUUCAAUUACUUCCUCAGAAUAAAAUGCUCUUCCAAAAGUAACUGCACAUUUAAUUUGUGAUGAGAACUACUGCUUGGGCACUUUAGAUAACUAUAUUCUCUAUUAGCUUAGCUCAGAGGAAAGAAAAAUCUAUGGAGUUUAACCUUAUAUGAUUGUGAAGGUAGAAAUUAGUACUAUAAAAUUAACACCUUUCUAAACUCAACUACUUUAGGAAUUCGAAUCAUACCCACAUGAAAUUGAGCCUCAAAAAAAAGAUUCAAAUGCAAUCGAAGAAGAAAUUAAGCUAAAAAAGAAUUGGGUCUUUGUAGAAGAUUUAAAUAUUAUUGAAGUUAUUGAUCCAAAUUAAAUUUAUGCAUCAGCAAACAACAAAGAUUCUUCAUCACAGCAAAUUAAUGAAGAAGUUGAUAACCUAAAUUUAUGUCCUGACUCCUUAUCACAAUUAGUCUUUGAGUACAAGCUCAUUACCAAUCCCAUAAGUUUUUCAUAAAUAUGUGAAAGAAUAGAUAUAGAAUUAGAAAGUUCAGAUGAGCAAUGA